GCCUGCCCCCGCUGCUGCCCGCCCUAUAAAUAGAGGUCUGGAGCAGCUGGGCUCUCUUGGCAGUCACCAUGAGGGCGCUGGUCCUGCUCUGCUGCUUCGUGGCCUCACUGCUGCUCCCAGGACAAGCAGAACUGCAAGUUUCCUCUUCGGGUGGCACGGAAGAUGUUGGCAAUUUGUUGGAGAAUCAUUUCUCUGCCGGAGACGCAAGUCUAGAGGAGAAAGAAAGGGCGCUUCGGGCAGAGGCGGCCCCUGGAGAGACGCACCCGCUCCUUCACCCCCCAGAAGGCGGGGAGGAUGGGAGCUCGGAGAAAACAGCUGCCGAAGGCCUGGGCUCCGAUCCCGAUCCUGAAGCCAGCCUCUCCAACGCCUCGGCCUCCGAGUCUGCUGCUACGGGGGAACCUGCGGGGCCCGGGGCGGAAGAUGCGGGCCCGCCGGGAGCAGCGAGCGCCCUUCCCGCAGGAGGGGAGGGUGAGCCCUGGGAGGAGGAAGGGGCGCGGGAACUCAGCUCCGGAGAGGGCCUAGGACAGGAGGCGGAGGGACCGGCUGGGAGCGGCGAGGUCCCCGAAGAAGCUGCGGAGGCGCUAGGGGAAGCAGCGGCGGGGUCCCCAGAGCCUGAGAACGCAGGGGACUCUCCCAGCCAGGAGGUCGAGACAGGAGGGGAGGGCAGCCCAGGGCCGGGUCAGGAGCCAAAAGUGCCUGAUGGAGCUGCGGAUGUGGACGCAGAAGCCGCGCAGAGGACGGAGGACCAGGCGGAACCCAACUCCAUCUCGGCCGCGGCCGCGGAAGACGCUGCCGCGCUAGAAGAGGAGGGGGGCUCCCGGGAGCACCGCCCGGAGGAGGGGAUGCCCGCGGAGCACCCGGACGAGGCCUCCUCUGAAGAAGAGGGGGGUGAAGAAUCCGAAGAGGAGAGCGGCGACGAAGAGGACAGCGGCGACGCGGCUAGUUCGGAAGAAUCCGGGGGCGCCUCGGAGGAGGAGGAAGACGAGAAAGAAGCUGGGGAAGGAGCCCACGCGGCAGCGGGAAGCGCGAGCCUUGGGGAGGAGGGGUCCCCGGAGGAAUCGCCCGAGGGUGCUGACGCGCAGGAGCCCAAGGAGGAGGGGCCACAUGAAGAGGCGGAGGAUGUGAGUGAGGAAGCCCCACUGAGGGACCGCUCCCACAUCGAGAAAACUCUGAUGCUGAAUGAGGACAAGCCAGCUGAUGACUUCUCUGUGGUGCUGCAGCGGCUUCGAAAGAUCUACCACUCAUCCAUCAAGCCCCUGGAGCAGUCUUACAAAUACAACGAGCUUCGGCAGCACGAGAUCACAGAUGGGGAGAUCACGUCCAAGCCGAUGGUCUUGUUCCUGGGACCGUGGAGUGUUGGCAAAUCCACCAUGAUCAACUACCUCCUUGGCUUGGAAAACACUCGCUACCAGCUCUAUACAGGUGCCGAGCCCACCACCUCGGAGUUCACGGUCCUCAUGCACGGGCCCAAGCUGAAGACCAUCGAGGGUAUUGUCAUGGCUGCUGACAGCGCCCGGUCCUUCUCACCCCUCGAGAAGUUUGGCCAGAAUUUCCUGGAGAAGCUGAUCGGCAUUGAGGUUCCCCACAAACUUCUGGAGCGGGUCACAUUUGUGGAUACACCAGGCAUCAUUGAGAACCGCAAGCAGCAAGAAAGAGGCUACCCCUUCAACGACGUGUGCCAGUGGUUCAUCGACAGAGCAGACCUCAUCUUCGUCGUCUUUGACCCCACCAAGCUGGACGUGGGUCUGGAGCUGGAGAUGCUUUUCCGCCAGCUGAAGGGGCGCGAGUCCCAGAUAAGGAUCAUCCUGAACAAGGCCGACAACCUGGCCACGCAGAUGCUCAUGAGGGUCUACGGGGCCCUCUUCUGGAGCCUGGCCCCGCUCAUCAACGUCACAGAGCCUCCGCGGGUGUAUGUCAGCUCCUUCUGGCCCUACGACUACAAGCCCGACACCCACCGGGACCUGUUUCUCAGGGAAGAGAUCUCCCUCCUGGAGGACCUGAACCAGGUGAUUGAGAACAGGCUGGAGAACAAGAUCGCCUUCAUCCGCCAGCACGCCAUUCGGGUCCGCAUUCACGCCCUCCUAGUGGACCGCUACCUGCAGACGUACAAGGAAAAGAUGACCUUCUUCAGUGAUGGGGAGCUGGUCUUUAAGGACAUCGUGGAAGACCCUGAUAAAUUCUACAUCUUCAAGACCAUCCUGGCCAAGACCAACGUCAGCAAGUUUGACCUUCCCCACCGCGAGGCCUACAAGGACUUCUUUGGGAUCAACCCCAUCUCCAGUUUCAAGCUCCUGUCCCAGCAGUGCUCCUACAUGGGAGGCUGUUUUCUGGAUAAGAUCGAGCGGGCCAUCACCCAGGAGCUCCCCAGCCUCCUGGGCAGCCUUGGGCUGGGGAAGAACCCAGGUGCUCUCAACUGUGACAAGACAGGGUGUGGCGAGACCCCAAAGAACCGUUAUAAGAAACCCUAGGUGGCCACGUUGCCAUUCUCGGGCUCCCGUCGUCGUUGGUGAAUGAGCUUGUGUCCUGACUGUCCAAGAAGUCCUGGUUUAUUAACCCUUUGAGCCACACUGGCAGGAACCAUUGUGCAUUGGAGACGGGAGUUAAUUGAGGCCAGUGGUGGGGGAAGGGGUGGGUCGAGGGGGGGAGUGGAAACUGUGAAUUAGGGCCUGCUUGUCUUGUUGCUUCAAGUAGGGGCCUGACCGAGGCAUGUCAGGCCACACCUGCUUUUCCUGGGUCCCCUCUCUGCAGUGGGGCGGCGGGCGGGGACAGAGAGCAGCUAAACUCUAGUGUAAACUGAAUUAAUGAGUGUCACACAGGCUAAAAGCAGCUGAAGUUCCUUUUUCCCCGAUCAGCUGAGAGGCUAGAGAAGACUUGAGUUCUGCAGGGCUGUCUGCUCCGUGCACACAGCUACCUCCCACACAGUCUUCUGUCUGUCCCCAGCCCUCAUCUGCCUCCCGAGCUUGGGUUGGCUUCAAAGGAGACAAUCUCUUGGGUCUGAAUCAACCUGGGUGUUGAGCCUACCCCCGGGCCCUCUCCCCUGUUUCUGCAAGGGGCAGGGAACGGUUUGGAAUACCAGGACACUGAGAGAGAACAAGCGCUCCCCAGGCCAGUUCUCUGGCACCUUCUAAGCCAGCCGGAAGCUCGGUCCCUUUCUCGGCCCCAGGAGGAGGGUGACUGUUCCAUGUGUCCCAGUCAUUUCCUUGUUGGAAGUGACUUCAGUGAGAGUCCCGGCAGGGCUCAGAGGGUUAAUUGGUUUGCAGUGUGUCUUUGUCUAUUGCAUGUCUUGGAAAACUCAGACCCCAAAGGCUUUGGGUUUCAGAGGGGAUAGUGGAGAGCUUGCUCCUGCUGUUGCCACAGCUUCUCCGUGGAGACACUCGGCACAGGAGUCGUUCCUUCCUGGUUUUCAUCACACGGCUUUUCCUUUCGCUUCUCCAUUCCCUGAUGCGUCAACACUCGAAACUCGGAGUAAUUUCUGGGGAGUCAGAGGCAGCACCAGCCACUCGGUGCCACUGGCAACCCAGGCCUGUCUGUCAGUUUCCCACCUGAACUUGAUGCUGAUGCCCACCGAGCGCAUAGCAGGGGUGCCUGGCCUUCCAGUACCAAUGAGUGUGAAUGUGUGUGUGUUACAUUGUCCAAGAGAGAUUAGGGAGAUGACAAAUGCCUGAGGGCACAGAGGGGGAGCAAGCGGUGAGAGUCCUGCCUGCCUGGCGCGCCCCCUCAGAGGGCAGGAGCGGACGGAGGGACGGGGCAUGGAGGGGACAAGCCUUUUGAUGGAAGAUGGGUUGGUGAUGAGUCUAAGUCUAGGGGACCUGGCCUGGCUGCCCCUUCCCCCUAACCUGGGGCCUCCUUCUGCCUGUCCUGGGAGGGAGCUGUCUUGGGGGACUUCCCCAAGAGGCCCUGCCUGCACCAGAGCGUCCCCCAGACCCAAGGAAAAGCCAAGACAAAGGCAGAGGGAGAAGUGGCCUGAGGGUCAGGCAGAGGAAGCAAAUGGGCACGCUGGUGGCCACGUUAGGCUCACACAGAGAUCUGCAGUCUGGAAUUCCUUGAGUUUCUUGGAAUUGUCAGCAGUCUGGCACGUGCUGCCUCAGAGGCUGCUUCUUCUGGCUCCUUUGGAGGAUCUAGAACCUCCCACAAGAAGACCAGAGGCCCCACCACCUCCAGGACAUGUUUCUAAGGACAGUCAACCAGAGAAGACAAGUCUGCAGGGACAGCCGAGGAACCUGGUGACCAGCACCCGGGGAGCUGCUUCCUUCUCGUUCAAAACCAGCCCUGGCCUCAUCUCUCCAUCCUUUACGCUCUCAAGGGGCUGCCCUCCCACCUUGCUCCAUAAUGCCCCUUCACCCCCUCGGCUACUUUGGGCAUUUCUGUUUUCUCAGUGCCGAAGGGGAAGAAAAAAUGCAGAACUGGGCGUCGUCGUAGCUGCUGAGGUCAGCACUGCUUUGGGGGCAGCAGCUGGAGUGAGAUGAACACAUUCAUACGGUAUUUAUAUUUCUGGGGGUGCGUGUGACAUCAUCAGUGAUCUUUCCCCCCUUUUCUUUUCUCCAUUCAGCUUCCUUUUCUUAUUCCUUCUGUUCCGCUGUUCACCCCUUGACUUCCCUUCUCUCUAACUUCCCGCAGGCUUGUCUGCCAGCCGGGGCUUUGAGCACUAUUUGGUGCCCUGCUCUGUGGAGGUGGAUUUCGAGCAGAAUUCUGACUCUUUGGGUGGGGGUGGGGAUCGUGGGGAACUGGGUGGGGAGUCAGGAAUCCCCUAGGAGGAGUAUCUGUGAAUGUUUGUGCCUGAACAGUUGCUGUUUCUCUCCAAAGCGGAAUCUUUCCAAUGCUCUUUCUGUUCUGAGUUCAUCAGGGAGAAACUCUCAAUAAAGUUCCCAUCUCUCUUUAA